GCGGACUGGGACAUUAGACACCCGCACAGUCACUCUCUCAAUCUCUCUGGCUCUCUCUCACUCACUCACUCACUCACUCACUAACUUUCUCUCUCACAUGGAAUCUGGAGCGCCAGAGGAACAGAGUUGUGGAACCGUACAAACUCCGCGCUGAGUCAAGCACAGGGGAAAGGAGUUCUACAGCACGGGAGAGAACCUUGUCCUCUGUUUAUUUUUCUUCAUUUUAUCUUCACGUGGAAAACGCCAGCAAGAACGGACACAUUUACUAAUCUUGACACUUGGACUAAUUGCCUGAAAUUUGGGAUUUAUCUCACAAUUUAUCUGACAAGAAAGGACUUAGCUACAUGGCCUGCGGAGGACGACAAAACUGAACAAUCCAGACCCAAACCGAACCCUUGACUGAAAUCAUUAAAACACUUAACGGGGUUCCUUGGAGUCUACAUGACUUUUUGAACAGCUCAGCUCAAGCAGCGCUGAAGAUCUUCACCACCAUGGGGCGACUGAUGAUGAUAGCUGCUGCCAUCCUUUGUGUCAUGAUCAGCCAGGGUUUGUGCUCUGGGGUGUUUGAGCUGAAGCUGCAGGAGUUUCUCAACAAGAAAGGAAACACGGGCAACACAAACUGCUGUAAAGGAGCCGCACCAACAACAUCGGGGAUCCAGCAGUGCGAAUGCAAAACGUUUUUCAGAAUCUGCCUCAAGCACUAUCAAGCCAACGUGUCGCCGGAGCCCCCGUGUACCUAUGGGGGUGCUGUUACUCCUGUUCUUGGAUUCAACUCUUUCCAAGUUCCUGAAACUGCUUCAGACAACUCCUUCACUAACCCGAUUCGCUUUCCAUUUGGAUUUACAUGGCCGGGCACAUUUUCUCUGAUCAUUGAAGCACUGCACACCGACUCCAACGAGGAUUUAUCCACCGAAAACCCAGAGCGUCUGAUCAGUCGUAUGACCACCCAAAGACACCUCACAGUGGGAGAAGAGUGGUCCCAAGAUCUGCAGGUGACCGGCAGAACGGAGCUCAAGUACUCGUACAGGUUUAUGUGUGAUGAGCAUUACUACGGCGAGGGAUGCUCGGUCUUUUGUCGGCCACGUGACGAUGCAUUCGGCCACUUCACCUGCGGGGAGCGCGGAGAGAUCAUCUGCAACUCGGGCUGGAAGGGGCAGUACUGCACUGAACCAAUCUGUCUACCAGGAUGUGAUGAGGAGCAUGGGUUUUGUGACAAGCCUGGGGAAUGCAAAUGCAGAGUUGGCUUCACUGGAAAGUACUGUGAUGACUGUAUCCGCUACCCUGGCUGCUUGCAUGGUACCUGCCAGCAACCGUGGCAGUGCAACUGCCAAGAAGGCUGGGGUGGUCUCUUCUGCAACCAAGAUCUUAAUUACUGCACACACCACAAACCAUGUGAGAAUGGAGCUACUUGCACCAACACCGGCCAAGGAAGUUACACCUGUGCCUGCCGACCUGGGUUCACUGGAGCAAGCUGUGAGAUUGAGGUCAAUGAGUGCUCUGACAACCCCUGCAGGAAUGGAGGAAGCUGCACUGAUAUGGAGAACACAUACAACUGUGCCUGUCCUCCUGGAUACUAUGGAAGAAACUGUGAGCUGAGUGCCAUGACUUGUGCGGAUGGCCCCUGUUUUAAUGGCGGACGUUGUGCUGACAAUUCAGAAGGAGGUUACUUCUGUGAGUGUCCCACAGGCUAUGUCGGCUUUAACUGUGAAAAGAAGAUUGAUCACUGCAGCUCAAACCCCUGCUCAAAUGGUGCCCAGUGUCUAGAUCUAGUGGACUCUUACCUCUGCCAAUGUCCAGAAGGUUUCACAGGAGCACACUGUGAUGACAACAUCAAUGAGUGUGCCAGCUACCCCUGCCAGAAUGGAGGCACUUGCCAGGAUGGUCUCGGCGACUACACUUGCACCUGCCUGCCCGGAUACACUGGCAAGAACUGCAGCUCGCCAGUCAACAAGUGUGUGCAAAACCCAUGUCAUAAUGGUGGUACUUGUCAUGAAAGGGACCACCGCUAUGUAUGCGCAUGCAUUCCUGGAUAUGGAGGACAUAACUGCCAGUUCUUGCUCCCUGAGCAUCCAGUAGAAGGGCCUGAUAAAAGGUUCUCGGAUGAAGAGGAGGACAACAGUUUUCCUUGGAUGGCGGUCUGUGCUGGGAUUAUACUGGUGCUUUUGCUCCUCCUUUCUUGCGCUGUUCUGAUUGUGUACAUUCGUAUUAAACUGCAGCGGAGGAGCCAGCAAGUUGAGAGCCAUAACGAAAGUGAGACCAUGAACAACCUGACCAGCAAUUGCACUCGGGAGAAAGACUUGUCCGUCUGCAUCAUAGGCACCACGCAGGUGAAGAACACCAACAAGAAGGUGGACUACCAGAGCGAUACUGCCUGUGUGGAAAAGAACGGUUACGGAAAGUCUCGCUACUCGUUGGUGGAUUACAAUCUUGUUCAUGAAUUAAAGCCAGAGGACUUGGGAAAAGAGGACUCAGAGAAAAGUGACACACAAUGCGAGGCUCUUGACCCAGACUUGGAGGAAAAGCACAGAAAACCUUUAAAAAGUGACACUUCAGACAAUUGUACAGAGUCUGCGUGCAAAGACACAAAGUACCAGUCUGUGUUUGUAAUAUCAGAAGAAAAGGAUGAAUGUAUAAUCGCAACUGAGGUGUAACACCACAACUGAGCUGUAGCUCAUCUCGCUCUACAGGAGGUUUUACUCCAGUAAAUGCUGCUCAAACCAGAAGGAAAGUUUCCUUCUUGCGACUGCUGCUGUGGGGACUUAUGUUUAUGGUGAUAUUCAGAAUGAGCUGGUUCUCAACUGAAGUAAGCACAGUGACUGCAGAACAAGGAUGUUGGGCCAUAGUGGCUCGCGCUCUCAAAGUUUGUGUUUCCCCCGGAACGUGCCAAACGGACUUGUUGCACUUCCUGUAGGGAAGAGUUCUUCUUUUACCUCAUUGCACUACGGAGGGUUGCUUUUUAAAUAACGUAUUUAACAUUCAAGUUAAGUGAUUACUGUCUAUGAGUAUGCACUGACUGCAGUGUCUAUGUUUAAAUUCUCUGAUCCAUUGCGUAGGUCAGGAAACGAAGAAAAAAAAUGUCGCCAUCACAAUUGUUCAGUUCCUGAUAGAUAUUUGAAAAGCUGUAUUCUUUUUAUUUAAAUGUCAUUAUUUGUGAUUCUUUUGUGUUUUUUGUGAAGUUUGACGUAAUUUAAUCUUUUCCUCAUUAUUUUUUUCAAAUUUGUAUAUUGUAUAUAAGGCACUUCGGGUCAAUGUGACUGUUUUCUUACAGUAAUGUAUUUAAAUGUGUUUAAACCUAUGGGAAUUGUUUUAUACGUGUUCGUCAUGAAGAAAAAAUCACCUUAAUAUUUUUCCAAAUAAAUCUUGUAUGAAAUAUUACCAAA